UGUGCGGCCUACAGUACCGGUGAUAGGGACACGCACACACGGGAAACAUGCCGGCCCGGACCCCGCACGCCGCCUGUCCCACCUCCCGCACCGACACCGCUCCGGUUCGUGAGGAGACCGAGCUCGUCGCUGAGGAUACGGACAUCAGCAAGUCACCUAGUGAUCCUAAAGCUUACCGGUUCAUCCAGCUGGAGAAUGGGCUGAGAGCUCUGCUGAUCUCUGACCUGUCCUCUGCUUGCCAAGAUCAGUCAGAUUCUUCCGAUGAAGAUGCAGAAUGGGAAUCGGAAGAUGAAAGUGAUGAUGAGGAAGAGGAUGACGAUGAUGAAGUGGACGAAGAAGAGGAGGUUACUGAUGAUGCAUAUUCCAAGAAAGGCUGCACUGAGAAGCUGUCUGCAGCCGCCUUGUGUGUUGGGGGUCGGAAGUUUAGUGACCCAGAAGACCUACCCGGCUUAGCACACUUUUUGGAACACAUGGUGUUCAUGGGCAGUGAGAAGUACCCAGACGAGAACGGGUUUGAUGCAUUCCUGAAGAAACACGGUGGAACUGACAAUGCCUCGACAGACUGCGAACGCACCAUAUUCCAAUUUGAUGUUCAAAGGAAACAUUUCAAAGAGGCCUUAGACAGGUGGGCCCAGUUCUUUAUAUCGCCUCUCAUGGUCAGGGACACCAUCAAUAGAGAGAAGUGGAAGCUGUGUGAUAGUGAAUACCAGCUAGCCAAACCUUCUGACUCCAAUCGCAAGGAAAUGCUAUUUGGUAGCCUGGCUAAGCCUGGUCACCCAAUGAGCAAGUUUUUCUGGGGAAAUGCUCAGACUUUGAAAAAUGACCCCAAGGAGCAAGGGAUUGAUAUUCACGCACGUCUGAAAGAAUUCUACAGGACGUUCUACUCCGCGCACUACAUGACUCUGGCUGUGCAGUCUAAAGAAACGCUGGAUGCCCUGGAAGAGUGGGUGAGGGAGAUAUUUGCAGAGGUCCCUAAUAAUGGAGUAGAAAAACCAGACUUCAGUCACCUUAGCGAACCAUUUGAUACUCCUGAAUUCCAUGCACUGUACCGAGUUGUCCCUAUUAAGAAGGUUCAUGCUUUGACAAUAACGUGGGCACUGCCUCCCCAGGAGAAGUAUUACAAGGUGAAACCGCUUCAUUACAUCUCGUGGUUGAUUGGACACGAGGGCAAGGGCAGCAUUCUCUCACUCCUGCGCAAGAAGUGCUGGGCUCUGGCUUUGUUUGGAGGCAACAGUGAAACCGGCUUUGAGCAAAACACAACAUACUCUGUGUUCAGCGUUUCCGUCACCCUGACUGAUGCCGGAUAUGAUCAUUUCUAUGAGGUCGCUUACCUCGUGUUCCAGUAUUUAAAGAUGCUGCAGCAACUUGGACCACAGGAGAGAAUUUUCCGGGAAAUACAGAAAAUUGAAGAUAAUGAGUUUCACUAUCAGGAGCAGACGGACCCAAUUGACUUUGUGGAGAAUAUCUGUGAGAACAUGCAGCUAUUUCCUAAGGAGGACUUCCUAACAGGCGAUCAGCUGCUGUUUGAGUACCACCCAGAGGUCAUUGCUGAUGCUCUGAAAGGGCUGACUCCCCAGAAUGCCAAUCUGCUUCUGCUCUCACCGGCCAACGAGGGGAGAUGUGACCAGAAGGAGAAGUGGUUCGGAACUCAGUACAGCAGGGAAGAUAUUGAUGAAAAAUGGAAAGACCUCUGGGCUAGUGACUUUGAGUUAAACCCGGAGCUUCGUCUCCCAAAUGAAAACCAAUUCAUAGCCACUGACUUCACUCUGAAGAGCUCGGACUGUUUGGACACAGAGUAUCCUGUAAAAAUAGCGGACUCUGAGCUUGGCUGCUUGUGGUACAAGAGAGACAACAAAUUUCGUAUUCCAAAGGCAUACAUUCGUUUCCAUCUCAUAUCCCCCUUAAUACAGCAGUCGCCUGAAAAUCUGGUUCUGUUUGACAUCUUUGUUAACAUCUUAGCCCAUACACUGGCUGAACCUGCAUACGAUGCCGAUGUAGCUCAGCUGGAGUAUAAACUGGUAGCAGGAGAGCACGGAUUAGUCAUCAAAGUGAAGGGAUUCAACCACAAACUGCCACUUCUGUUUGAUCUUAUCAUUGACUAUCUGGCAAACUUCACGGCUUCUCAUGACGUUUAUGAGAUGAUCACUGAGCAACUAAAGAAAACCUAUUUCAAUCUUCUCAUCAAAACAGAAAAGCUGGGAAAAGAUGUUCGUCUUUUGAUCCUGGAACACAACCGUUGGUCCAUGAUAGAAAAGUACCAGACACUCUUGCAGGGUCUGACUUUGGAACGCCUCAUGUCCUUUGUAGUGGCAUUCAAAUCUCAGCUGUAUGCUGAGGGUUUAGUGCAAGGGAACUUCACCAGCAAGGAAUCAUCAGAGUUCCUCAACACUAUUAUCAGGAAGCUGCAAUUUAUGCCCCUGCAAACCUCUGUCCCUGUGCAGUUCCAGGUGGUUGAAUUACCAAGUGCCCAUCACUUGUGUAAAGUGAAAUCGCUGAAUAAAGGGGACUCCAAUUCUGAGGUUACUGUGUAUUACCAGUCUGGUGCUAAGAAUUUAUGGGAUUUCACCUUGAUGGAGCUGCUUGUGAUGCACAUGGAGGAACCGUGUUUUGACUAUCUGAGGACUAAACAAACCCUGGGCUAUCACGUGUACCCGACCUGCAGAAACACCUCAGGGAUUCUGGGAUUCUCUGUGACGGUGGCCACACAGGCAACUAAAUACAAUUCUGAAGCAGUUGAUAAGAAAAUCGAUGAUUUCCUGACUUGUUUUGGUGACAAAAUGGAAAAACUAUCAGAGGAUGCUUUUAAAACACAGGUAAAGGCGUUAAUAAAACUGAAGGAAUGUGAAGAUACACACCUGGGAGAGGAAGUGGACCGGAACUGGAGCGAGGUACUGACCCAGCAGUAUCUCUUCGACCGCCUGGAACAUGAGAUUGAUGCCCUUAAAAAGUUCACCAAACAGGAUUUGGUAGUUUGGUUCCAGGAUCAUAGAAGCUCCGAUAGAGUUCUGAGUGUUCAUGUGGUUGGAUAUGGGGAGAAAGAACCAGAUGUUGUGUUAUCUCCGGUGCCCCCUGGAGAGCCAGAGAGCUCUUACGGCAACAUCUCAAGUCUUACCUUCCUUCCACCCUCCUCACUGAUGGCGGAUACAGCGCCGAUUACAGACAUCCGCGGCUUCACAUCUACCCUGUCGCUUCUUCCAUAUCACAAAAUAAUCAAAUGAAGGUUGUUCCGCGGGAUGAAGGAUGAACAUUUACACCGUAAACUUGUGUUUGCUGCAACUUCUUCUUCUAAACCUUUGCAGUUUACUACCCGGGGUGCUUUUAAAGGAACAGUUUGCACUUUUUAGUUUACAUAACAUAAGCUGGCAAUAAGGCAAAUUCUGUGAGUGCACAAUGUUUUAAAGGUGAGCAUUUGCAGCUACCCCUGGUGAAUUGAUAAUAUAGACUGCAGAUAUUGUUUUUAAAGCGAGUGAGACUUUGUUUUUUAACGGAAUUGGUGGAAAUCAGCAUUUUGUCAUUAUGAUUUCAUAAAAAAACAAACAUUGUCAUUACAGAGAGUGCCGUUAUGCAGAUAGCACAAUGUCAUUUUAUUUUGCUAAGGCAAGAACAGAUCUACUGGAAGCAAAGGGGAAAUGCUUGUAUUGGGUUUAGCUAUGAGAUGGUUUUAUUGAGAAUUUGCCAGCCCGGUGUGUGUUUUCUAAUAACAUUAAAGAUUGUGAUUAGCUUUUAAAAUAAUGAUGGAUGAUGUCUGUCAGGCCUAUUCCCUGUAGCAUAUUUAUUUUAUUGCUACACACAACUUUUCUUAUAGAUCAGGAUGGUAAAAAUGGGGUAAAUCCCCCCCCCCCCAUUUAAAACUUUCACCUUUUAAUUCUAUUUAUUUUAAGUGCAGUGCCCCAGCAAUACCAUCAAUGGUAAAGAUUUUUUUUAAAUUAAGAAUGAAAUGGCAGAAAUACAAUAACCCCAUUUUUUUUUCUUCAGUUUAUGGCACAUGGAAUAUAUUUUCUGCAAAAAAAUAAUUGCUAGGUGCUGAGGUUGAUGGUUUCCCAAACAAAAUAUUUUCACCUGGAAAUGCAGAGCAGUUUCCACAAUCGGUGUUAAGCACAGAUGAUAAACCUACAAUACAAAAUCUGCAUCUACUAAACAAAAGCCCCACAUUUGUAAAGUUUGUUUAGAUAACUAAAGUAAUGUCUGAACGUUCUCAUAAAAGGUGUCAGAGCUGGCUGCAAUUCCAUCAGGAAAAGAUUCUUAUUUUGCUAUAUUUAAUAUAUAUAUUUCUUUUUAUUUCACACCCAUGGCUGGUUUUAAAUAAAGAAAAUGCAAUGGUG